AUGAUCAUCGCUGUGAGCGACAUCAAGCACGCGCUGCUCUUCUCUGCCAAGCUCACGAAGGACCCGUCGUUGGAGCUGCAGAUCCGCGCCAACAACUUCGUGGUGGUGGUCAAUCCAACCGAUAAGGAGCUGUCGAUGACACCGUCUGACGAGCUCGCGUCUUUCGGCAAGGGAAACUUUAAAAUGGUGAAGAAGGACGAGGAGCAGCCGGCCCAAUCGUACCAGUUCUGUUUGAAAACCGAGGAGGACUUGGUUGUGGUGAACGGCGUUGUUACGACUGUUGGGCGCGCCGUCAUUGCCCAACGCAAGCAGAAACCAGAUGCCCAGGUGAGGUACCACAAAUGCAAUGUGGACGACACCAACCCAGAGAAGAUGACGUUCGAGCAAACCCACAGGGUCGUGUUCGUAUGUGGCGAGGCCCCAACGGAGACGAGCAAGGCUAACAUCGCGAGCAAGCUGACCGUGGAGAAGUGGGCGCAGGCCAAGUCUGGCAGGAUCCUCUGGCACUGCAAGUGGGGGCAGACGGGACUGAGCCCGGUGAAGCCUGCGGUGUUCCCGGUCGGCAACUUCAAGCUCAAGAAGGACGAGUGUCUCAUCGUGCAUGGCAGCAUGAGCUAG